AUGGCUAUAACAACAAAUAUAACAGGAAGUGGAACACAGACGAAAACAAUUGAAGGAUCGGAAUGCUCUCCGGUUUGGGUAGGUGAGUUUCAAAAACAGUCCAUUUCAUUCUCAGCAGUCAACAUUCUCCUCUCCAUCACAGCAACUCUUGGGAAUUCUCUUAUCCUUGUUGCCCUUCACAAGGAAUCUUCCCUCCAUCCGCCAUCCAAACUUUUGUAUCGUUGUCUGGCGACAACUGAUCUCUUGGUUGGUGCUGUUAGCCACCCUCUCUAUGCUACUUAUUGGAUUUCCGUGGUUAACGAACACUGGAGUCUUUGUCGAUACGCAUGGGUCACAAAUGGCGUAACAAGCUAUGCAUUAUGUUCACUGUCAAUGUCGACACUGACGGCCAUAAGCGUGGACCGACUUCUCGCCCUGUUGUUGGGGCUGAGAUACAGGGAGAUUGUAACUUUGAGGCGCACAUAUAUCAUUUUAGCUAUCGUUUGUGUUGUAUGUGUAGUCACUGGUUUAUUCUUUCAUUUCAAUUACCGUAUAACCUUUUGGUUCAGUCGUAUAGGGCUACCAUCAUGCCUAGUUAUCUCAAUCGCCUCGUAUACAAAGAUUUUUUGCGCUCUCAGUCAUCAUCAGGCUCAAGUACAAGAUUAUGCUCAACAACAGCCGAGCCAACCAAAUGCACUGAACAUGGUGCGAUACAGAAAGGCACUGCAGAGUGCACUUUGGGUGCAGUUAGCUUUGGUUGUCUGUUAUGUACCACUAUUAACAGUGGAAAUUUUGAUCUCUCUUCGCAAAGAGCGAUCUCCGAAUCUCAUCAUAUUUAGGGGAAUAGCAGUUGUUAUAUUUUACUUUAACUCCACUUUAAACCCGUUCCUUUACUGCUGGAAGAUAAGUGAAGUGAGACGAGCAGUAAAGCAGACAAUCAGAAAAGCAAUCUGCUAUGCAGAGGGGUAG